AUGUCCGUCAGCAAUGAGAGAGUUAAUUCUUUAAUAUUCGAUUAUUUAACGACUUCGAGGACAGACUUCCAAGUGUAUGAUUUAAAGUCGACCCCGAAAACAGCGUUCACAGAGAACAAGCAUACAAAAACAGUAAACGUAGAUAAGAAAAGGGAAGUCACUAUAAAAUAUACUCAGACUUUGAACGAAUGGAAAAGCGUACCUUUCGAUUUAUUGAUCGGAGCGAAGCCGAUCCUGCAAACAAAUCCUCAUCGUAUACAACCACCUUUCGAAAAGGCACCUGAUUUGAGAGCGGAUGAGGUCAGAAAAACACGACCUCGUCUCAUCAUAUCACCUGCAGUCGUCGUGGACGACGUCGAUGACAAGAUAACCCGAAACAUUCUGAUGGAGAGUACUUAUACUUCGGAAACAAGGAAAGCAUUCCGGCUUACUCAAGAUCGGCCCGAAGUGAAGGCACCCUUGGGCGGGAAAUACGCUCCGUCACGAGUGUUAGAUCUCCCGAAAAUGGCACCACCUACUGUAUCACCGGAAUGGCGUAUGGACUCCAUGAAAUGGGAUAGAAAACAAUUGAGAAGUUACUGCGAGCCGACAAUUAAAAAAAACUGCACAAUGACUACUCGACUGAAAGAUUUAGAUUCUAUGAUAAACAACUAUAGGACUACUAUGACCAAUGAUUAUAGAGAUAAUGCGAUAGAACCGAUAAUAAAAACUGUAUAUCAAGAGAAAAAACCUUUUAUCCGAGAGAAAUGGAAAUAUGUUAAAUAUAUUCACACUAUGAGGGACUGGGAUGGAGAGCGAGCACCUUUUGAUUUUACAAUUCCGAGGAAAGAUAUUUUACGUACAAAUCCACAUCAUAUCCAACCAGUUUAUGGGAAACCAAAAGAUUUAGAUUUGGAGAAUGUGAGGAAGACGAGACCGCGACUCGUCAUGACUCCCGCCGUUAGUAUGGACGACAUGAAAGACCAGGAUAAACGGAAUCUGCUUAUGAACAGUUCGUACACUACGCGAAUGACCACAGACUACAAACCUGUCACCGAUGUGUCAAACGUCGUGGCGCCGUUGCUUGGAAAAUAUUCACCGGCAUCACCGUUAACAAUAGCGAAAUACAAGCAGCCGUACGUAUCUCCGGAAUGGCGUAUGGAGACAACGUCGUGGGAUCAGAGACAGAUCAGGGACUACUGCGACGCUAACAAAGUCUUCUGGCUUUAUACGAGGCCGAAACGAGGCAAGACAUAA